GAUACGCCACUGGGGCAUGACAGCAGGUCAUGUCACUGGUCAGGUGUGUGUUCCUUCCCCAGGCACAGCCACAGUGCAAAGACAUGGAGGAAGGGAUCAACUUUUGAAGCUUUUUUCCUCCCCAGACUCACCAGAGCUACAUAAAGGUGAACUGCAGACAUGCCCAGUGAGAAGGGACGUGUGGAAAUUCCUAUGAUUAUGUAUGAACCUCACCAGGAUUCCUACAGGCAAGAACCCUCUGCACCAGAGUUCUGCAGCCAGGAGGGGGGUUAUGAGUUCCCUUCUCCCCCUCCUUACUCCUACCGAGAAACCACCACCAUCGAGCAGCCAGUUUACUUGGUGUCUCAGCCCCCGAUCAUCGUAGCAGGGAUCUUCUCAAGCAAACCAACAUCCACAAUAUGUCCUUCCUGCCGCCAGCACAUCACCACCCAGGUCACCUACAGACUGGGCAAGCUGUCCUUCCUCCUGUGCACCAGCCUGUGCAUGGUUGGGUGCUGUUUUGGAUGCUGCUUCGUACCUUUGUUUGUGAAGAUCUUCAAGGACGCAGACCAUUACUGCCCUUACUGCCAGUUUCACAUUUAUAGAUACAAAAGACUGUAGAGACAAAGUUUAUGCAACUAGAUGACGUAAAGUGUCCGUUUCCCAAUGGCAUAAGAUUCUACUCAUAAAACUCCUGCUAGAAACAGCUCCCCUGCUGGUGAAUCCACCUGGUAAACUCCAGUUUACCAUCACAUGGUGGGACUGACUUAAAACAAAAAGCCUUGAAGAUUAAUUUACAGUGUCACUUGAACUUAUGCUCUAUUUGAUUCGCUGCCCUGAGCUGUGAAGUUACCAGCUCUUGAGUACUUCAGUACUACUGCUCCUUCUCUCAGAUCUCCAACCCAGCUGGACACAGACUCCUCUGGACCUGCCAACCCACCAGGACCCGAGAGGUUUGGACAUGCACCUUUUAGAGAAGCACUCACCUUCUGUGCACUGGAACUGACUGGUCGGGAUUUCAUUUCUCUCUGCUCUUCUUCCUACGGGACCCACCCCUGCAGGGCUGUGGGUGGGACACUGUAGCUGAUUAUUUAUUAACAAAAUGCUAAGUUAUGAGACUGUCUUUGCUCUGUUAUAGACGAGGUAAGAAAAUAAACCUGUUAUUGUUAACAAUGCUGGCAAAACAUCUCCUGUCUGCAUUGCUGCCAUGACCCACUGCACCCAGAGCAGGUCACACUGGGACACCCCUUUUACAUUAACAAAUCAAGAUACAAAAGGCAAACACAUAAAGAAGAAAAAUCAGCAAGCACAGCUUGAAAAGAAUCAUCACAACCACAACACAAGGCCCUCAUUCUACCUCUCUGCGUUCCCACUGCAAUGCAUCAU